CCAAAUUAAUUAUUAAAAAUUCAAAAAUAGCACUUCAACCGUUGGUGUUGUUCUUUAUAGUUCGGCGAUAGGUAUGAAAACUGAAAAGUUAACAAACCUUUCACACUCUCAUUAGUCUAGCACUAAAACUAUUGUCUUGAAUUGAUUUGUCUCCAAUUAUUAAUGAAUGCAACAUACCCUCUUUCCCUUUCUAUCCGGGAGUUCCUUUUUCUUCCUUACCCAAAACAGAAAAUCCACCAUUGCAUGUUUUUUUCACUAUAAAUUUGACACCUUUUUUGUGAUUAUCUUUGCUCAUUCACCCAUUUCAAUUCCUUUCACGAAUCCCACAAGUCAUUGUACAAAUGGGUUUUCGUGUGUUCUUGCUUUUGGCUGUCAUGCUUCCGCUGUGUUAUCGUGUUGAUGCUGCUUGCUCUAAUGGAAACUGCAAGCUAGAUGAUGAGUGCUCGUCUAAUGGUGAUUGUGAAGCCGGACUCUACUGCUUUUCUUGCCCAUUUGGGUAUUUAGGCUCUAGGUGUGUGAGAUCUUCCAUCACAGAUCAAUUCAAGCUCAUUAAUAACUCCCUACCCUUCAACAAAUAUGCAUUUUUGACAACGCAUAACGCAUUUGCCAUUGAUGGAGAACCAUCACACACAAAAGUGCCUCGAGCUACCAUCACUAACCAAGAAGACAGUGUAACCCAGCAGCUAAAGAAUGGAGUUAGAGCACUAAUGCUAGAUACAUAUGAUUUUAAUGGAGCGGUGUGGUUGUGUCAUUCAUUUCAAGGCCAGUGCUAUGACUUCACAGCUUUUGAACCAGCUAUAGAUACACUGAAGGAAAUUGCAGCUUUUCUAUCAGCCAAUCCAACAGAAAUUGUCACGCUCAUAUUGGAAGAUUAUGUUAAAACGCCAAAAGGAUUGACAAAAGUCUUCACGGACGCUGGUUUGAUGAAGUUUUGGUUUCCUGUGACUAGAAUGCCAAAGAAAGGAGGAAACUGGCCUCUAGUGAGAGAUAUGGUUGCAAAAAAUCAAAGAUUACUAGUGUUCACAUCCGUCAGGGCUAAAGAACAAAGUGAAGGCAUUGCAUACCAGUGGAAUUACAUGGUUGAAAAUCAGUAUGGGGAUGGUGGAAGAAAAGCAGGAAGCUGUCCAAGUAGAGCAGAAUCUGCUCCUCUUAAUGACAAGAGCAAGUCCUUGGUGUUGGUAAACUAUUUUCGGUCUGCUCCAUUUAAGGCAAUCACAUGUGAAGAUAACUCUGGAGGUCUCAUUGACAUGCUACAAACCUGUUAUGUUGCUGCUGGCAACAGGUGGGCUAAUUAUGUUGCUGUUGACUAUUACAAGAGAAGUGAAGGAGGAGGUUCCUUUAAAGCUGUGGAUACUCUCAAUGGGAAGCUCUUGUGCGGUUGUAAUGAUGUUCAUGCCUGUGUGCCUGGAUCUACUUCACAAGCUUGCUCAGCAAAGAAAGCAUAGCAACAAGCUUCCUCAAUUGUCUAGAUUAAGAGUCUUUUUAACUGUAGUAACUUGUUUUCAUCCCCUUAUGUCUGCUUCGAUACAAUACAAAUACUAUUUUAUGCAGCCAGCCAGUUUUACCAGAUUAUAUGUUUGGUUCACAACUACAAAUGUGUAAUACUAGUUACCAGAAAAGAAUAUCUUUUAAGGUGGAA